AUGCCAGUACGAUUGGGUAAUUUGCGUCAUCUUCAGACUUUGACUAAAUUUAUUGUCGGUAAACAAAGUAGAGCGGGCAUAGAAGAGUUGGGGAAUCUUGCAAAUCUUGGGGGAAAGCUCUGUAUUUCGAGUCUCCAAAAUGUUGUAUCUCCUAUACAUGCUUUGGCUGCCAGCUUGAAUGAUAAAAAGCACCUGGAGGAAUUGAAUUUGGAAUGGAAUGACGAAAAUAAUACUUCAGAAAGUCAAAGGGCUGUAUUGGACAAUCUCAAACCCCAUGCAAACUUGAAAAGUCUCUCUAUCAUCGGCUAUGGUGGUAAAAAAAUUUCAGACUGGAUUGGGCAUCAUUCAAUUUCUAAUAUAGCAUCUCUCUAUCUAUUUAAGUGCAAGUAUUGCUCUGUCUUACCACCACUUGGACUUCUACCUUCUCUGCAGUCCCUUUCUAUUGUUCAGUUUGAUGGAAUCGAUGAAGUUGGCAGAGAAUUUUAUGGCAAUUGUUCGUCUUCAAAGAAACCAUUUGGAGCCUUGAAAGUUUUGAAGUUUAGAGACAUGCCGAAGUUGGAGAAAUGGUUUGCUUUUGGUGCUGAAAAUGAAGGUGGAGCUUUUACUUAUCUUGAAGAGCUUCAGAUAGUUAACUGCCCCAAGUUUACAGGAGAGUUGCCCAUCCAUCCUUCUUCUUUAUCUAGACUUGUGAUAGUAGAAUGCCCGUUGUUGGUGACUUCACUUCCAAGUGCUGCUACUCUACGUCAACUCGAGAUUGGAGGAUUUGAUGCGCUAGAGUCCAUACCGGAGAGAUUGAUGGACUUCAACAAUAGUUGUCUUGAGGAGUUAAAAAUUAGUGGUUGCCACUCCCUUACAUCUCUGUCCAGUGCUGGUCUACCUUCUACAUUAAAACGCCUUGAGAUCAAAGAUUUUAGCAAGUUAGAGCUUCCAAUGCACUGGAACUAUUCAUCCGUUGAGAGAUUGCAGUUAGAAAAUAGUUGUGAUUCUUUAGAGUCAAUUUCAUUAAACUUAUUCCCAAAUCUGAAAUACAUCUUCAUAAGGGGAUGUAGGAAUCUGGAGCCUAUUAAUGUUUCGCAACAACUUGAACUUGAUUUAGUGGCCUUGUCAUCAAUAGAAAUAAGUAAUUGCCCCAAUUUCGUUUCAUUUCCGAAUGGAGGAUUGCGUGCCCCAAAACUUCAACACUUUCAUGUCUUCAAUUGUCAAAGUCUGACGUCACUACCAGACAAGAUGCACAUACUCCUUCCGUCUCUUAGGAGAUUGCGUUUAGUGAAUUGUCCAGAAGUUGAGUCAUUCCCUGAAGGAGGCUUGCCUUCCAAACUAACUUUUAUUGGCAUCAUAAACUGUGACAAACUCUUCGACAAUAGAAGGGAUUGGGGAUUGCAAAAUCGACCCUCCAUUCGAGAUAUUUCUAUCAAAGGCAAUUGUAAAGAUGUGGAUUCCUUUCCGGAGGCGGGGUUACUUCCCACUAGUUUGUUAUGUAUUUCCAUCGGAGAUUUUCCAAAUAUGGUAUCUUUGGACUAUAAGGCACUUCGACACCUCACCUCUCUGGCUGAAUUGUCAAUAUGUUCCUGCCCCAAGUUGAAGUUUAUGCAAGAAGAAGGGUUGCCUGCCUCCAUUUCCACUCUACGGAUCAGCAAAUGUGCUUUGACCAAACUACAAGUCUAG